CGGAGGAGGGGAAAGGCUGGAGUACGGCGAGCGGGCGGGAUAAACUUCUCCGGUUGUCUGGCGUUUGGUUUCCAGGUCAGUGUUUUGUGUGGCUCUGAGCUGGCGGUUGCUGGCGGCGGGCUGAAGUGCGAACCAUGUCGGCCUUUGAGAAGCCUCAGAUCAUCGCCCACAUCCAGAAGGGCCUCAACUACACGGUGUUCGACUGCAAGUGGGUGCCUUGCAGCGCCAAAUUCGUGACUAUGGGCAACUUCGCCCGAGGCACCGGCGUCAUUCAGGUGUAUGAGAUCCAGCACGGGGAGCUGAAGCUGCUCCGGGAGAUUGAAAAGGCCAAGCCCAUUAAAUGUGGAACCUUUGGGGCGGCAUCUUUACAGCAGAGAGCCUUAGCUACUGGAGACUUUGGUGGAAACCUUCAUAUAUGGAAUUUGGAAGCUCCAGAGAUGCCCGUGUAUUCUGUAAAGGGCCACAAAGAAAUUAUAAAUGCUAUAGAUGGUAUAGGUGGACUUGGAAUCGGGGAAGGAGCACCUGAAAUUGUGACUGGCAGCCGAGAUGGAACUGUGAAGGUGUGGGACCCGAGGCAAAAAGACGACCCUGUUGCUAAUAUGGAACCUGCACAAGGAGAAAACAAGAGAGACUGUUGGACUGUAGCAUUUGGCAAUGCUUACAAUCGAGAGGAGCGUGUUGUCUGCGCUGGCUAUGACAAUGGGGACAUCAAGCUGUUUGACCUCAGAAACAUGUCCCUGCGCUGGGAGACGAACAUUAAAAAUGGGGUGUGUAGCUUGGAGUUUGACAGAAAAGACAUAAGCAUGAACAAGUUGGUAGCUACGUCUCUGGAAGGGAGGUUCCAUGUCUUUGAUAUGAGGACACAGCAUCCAACCAAAGGCUUUGCUUCUAUUUCAGAGAAGGCUCAUAAGUCUACGGUGUGGCAGGUCCGCCACCUGCCACAGAACCGAGAGCUCUUUCUGACGGCGGGAGGCACAGGCAGCCUUCACCUCUGGAAGUAUGAGUACCCUAUUCAGCGAUCAAAGAAAGACUCCGAGGGAGUGGAGAUGGGAGUCGCUGGUUCCGUCAGCCUUCUACAAAACGUGACACUGUCUACCCAGCCCAUUUCAAGCUUGGACUGGAGUCCUGAUAAAAGAGGGCUCUGUAUCUGUAGUUCCUUUGACCAGACGGUGAGAGUGCUCAUUGUUACAAAACUCCAGACAGUUUGAUCCAAGACUUUGAACUUGAACAUUCCCAGAGGGACGUUCGUAGAAUCUGAGGUAUGGUCUGGGAUCCUGUAGACUCACUGGACAAAGAGCAGCCUCCCUGGUGGGUUCAGUGACCUGACUGGAAAGUGGUUUGCUGCUGCAUGAGAAAGUCCAUGUCUCCAGGACAGCUCUGCUCCUGUCCCCUCCCCUCCCCUCCCCAUCCAUGACAAAGGCUGGAGCUGGUGCAGGGGCACUGCUUAUAGUCCCAGCUACUGUGUACAUUGAAGCAGAAGAUCACUUUAGCCCACAAGUUCAAGAUCAGCCUGGGCAACAUGUAAAAUAACAAAAAUCUUUCUGAACUAAAUCUAUAGAAAAACAAGUUAACAGUUGUGAAUAAACAUAUUUUAAUGUA